GUUGUGGAGGCGUGAGCUAGAGAGUUAGCGUUACUGGUCAGCUAAACGAAGACGCUGACGACUUUCUGAAUUUAGAGGUAAAACAGUUUUCAUACUCCUUCAAGAAGUAAAUUGGGUGGCUCUUUGUGGUCAUAUUUGUCGAUAAACAAAGCAGGAAUGGAGAACUCUGAUGUGAUAAAUUUCAGUUGUCUUGAAAAAGAGCUACACUCGGCGCUGCAAGCGGACAGAAAAUACCAGAGGGAAAAUGAUGCCAAGUUUCGUGCUCUGAACCAAAAGGUCGCCAGCUACGAAGAAUUCAGAGACAUUGUUCUCGCAUCUCAUUUGAAACCACUUGAUCGAAACGACAUCUCUGGUUCACCCCGAAAGCAGCCAUGGAAUCCAGUUGCUUGUAGGACAAAUUAUGUAUGUGCUUCUUCUGAGCAGGUCCAGCCACAAUUAUCUGAGGUCCAGCCAAGAAGUGCAUCAGAGUUCAUCCGUGACUGGCGCAGGUUUGCAGGAUGCUCAUUUGAAAAGUACAGUCUCCUUGUAAGUCUGGGAGGAGAGGCGCUACAAAAAAUCUUCAGCACAGAGAUUGGCCUCGGUCUUCUGGGAGAGUUCCUACUGAUUCUGUCUCAGUGUCUAAAGUCAGGGGAUGAGGACAGAGUGACUGGAGUGCUGGACGGCCUUUCCAAAACAGGCCGCUUUUCCAUUAACCUGUCUCUUCUUAGUCAGGCGGAACAAGAAGCCUGCGAGGAGCUUUUCAACAAGCUAAAAGUUGCAGCCGGCGAAUGUCAUCCAUAUAAAGAUAAUUCAAACACUUCAGUUGUUUGUGAGGCAGGUCUGACACACAUGGAGGAUAACAAGACUGACAUUACAACAACACUUAAAGAAUUAGCAGGAAAAUAUGGCACUGAAAAAUAGUUUAUACUAAAACAAAUCUAUUAGUUUCUUCAGUUUCAUAUUCUCUUUGUUGUUUGUUGUUGUUAGUUUUCAGGCAAAAUAUGUUAAAAGUGCAAGUCCUUUACUUUUGGUCCAUCUGCCCAUUGUUACUUUUAGCUUAUGAAGCCCCUCAGGAUAAAGAGGACAUCUUUGCGAGGAAGGCCUGUCCUGCAUUUCUUGUCUUUGACACUGUGGCCUUCCUUUCUGACAUGACCGUCAAUCUUUCUUGUCGCUGCAAACCAGAGGAGAUGCAUUCAGUGGUGUGGUACUAUCAAAAACACAUCGGCUCCAUGAACACCAAAGUCCUCACAGACUAUGCAGGAACUGCAGUGGUGGAAUCCUCCAAGGUUGGCAGAGGGUCAGAUCUGCGUAGUCGCUUUUCCAUCCGCUUGUUUAGCCUUCUCAUCUUCAGGGUUCAGAAAGCUGACUCGGGCCACUAUAUCUGUGGCACGGCCUCUGGUGAAUUCUUCUACGGCUACGAUGUUGACGUCCAGGUGGUCCGACACGUUUUAUUUCCCUGGAACCUCAAUCGGAGAACUCAAGCAGAGGAUGCAGAGAUGUUUCAGGUGUUCACUCGGCACCAGUCAUGGUCUAAAUGUGACCGUUGUGACAUCCAGGGUGAGCAGACCCGUGUAGGAUUUUGUUUUGUCAAAAGCAUCUACCUUCAGGUACGUUAUCAGAGUGAUUCAGAGACAGAGGCUCCCUGCGGUUCCCCAGCUGUUCCUUUACAAUUUGGCAUUUCAGGCAGCAGCUACGGAGCUGAGCUUGAGGUGAGGGACUGUCAUGCCACCUGUCCUCCAAAACCUAAAGUAUCUCCAGAGAGACAAGCUCUAAUGAAGUUCCUUGAGAUUGAAGAUCAAGCUUCUUCAGGGGUUUCCAUCCACUUCUACAACCACCCCACAGACUCUGAUCUGGUCCUGAUUUGUCCUGGUGCCAAACCGCAGUAUGCAGUGGCCUGGGAUAAAGGCUCAAAGCCGCUUUAUCUAUCUCAGUAUAUGGAGGGGCUGAAUAGGACGUCUCGGGUCUUCAUUGACAGCGGUCACCAUCUACACUUCACGCCUGUGCAGCUGGAAGAUAAAGGCUCCUAUUUCUGUUGGAUCCAAGGAGAACUGGCUGCAGAGAUCAGAUUAGGGGUGUAUCUGCGUUUGGGACGUUUGCGACAGAUCUUCGACCCAGAGUCCAUCUAUGCUCUACGACUUAUUUUCAUUUGCUACAUUGGCAUUACUGCUGUGUUUAUCCUCACAGUGUUUGUCAGAUUUAUUUUUCAGAUAAACAAGACAGACACAUCUGCUGACAUUGACUGAAUUUGAAUGUGCUGUAGUUUGAUUUGUGAUGUCAAACAAUUAAACGCUUUUUUUACUUUA